UUUAUAAAAGCACAGAGACAGAACAACAGAUUCACCUUCUUUACUCCACUCUCUCUCUCUGUCCUGAUCUGUGUCUCUCUCUAUUUCUAACAUGGCAUUCAACGGCACAUGGAAGAUCGACCGUAAUGAAAACUAUGACAAGUUUAUGGAACAGUUGGGCAUUAACAUGGUAAAGAGAAAGCUGGCUGAACACGACCACCUGAAGCUCAUCAUUGAGCAGAACGGAGACAAGUUCACGAUUAAGGAGUCGAGCACAUUCAGGACCAAAGAUAUCGAGUUCACGCUCGGAGUGCAGUUUGAGUACUCAAUGGCCGACGGCACUGAGCUUAUUGGCACUUGGGCGAUGGAGGGAGAGACUCUAAAAGGCACAUUCACCAGGAAGGACAACGGCAAACUCCUGAUCACAACCCGGUCACUGGUUGGUGGGGAACUUGUACAGUGCUACAGCUACGAAGGUGUUGAUGCUAAGAGGAUUUUCAAGAAGGCAUAAAGGAAGUGUGGAGAAGGACUGUCCAGUUUUGGAACAGAUUUUAUAUGAAACUGUCACUGUUGUCAUUACCUGUUAUGUUUCAAAUAAAUGUACGGAUGUUUCUGCUUUA